AUGGGCUCGAUACAGGAAUCUCUUGGAAGGCCUUGCGUUGCCCUGUCCCAAGGGACGAUAAGGGGUAUCGAACAAGUAGACCAGUUUCCUCAGACAAUCGAAAGCUUCCUGGGCUUCCCCUAUGCUCAACCGCCCGUCGGGGACCUUCGCUUUCGGCCACCAGUAAAACUCGAGCCAUCUUCAGACAUCAUUGAUGCCUCAAAAUAUGGGAAGGCUGCACCUGGAAAGCCUCUCAUCCCCCCUCGCAUCCCACUUGUCUACAGCGAAGACUGUUUGACUGUCAACGUGUUUAGACCAGCCGGCAAGGUCAGCCACGGCACUCUCUUGCCUGUGGCGAUCUAUGUCCAUGGCGGUGCAUUCAACCGUGGACAUUCUUCUAUGCAAAAUACUGCCUCUAUGGUAGCCUGGUCUGAAGAACCGUUCAUUGCGGUCUCGUUCAACUAUAGAGUUGGAGCUCUUGGUUUUCUCCCUUCUGCAAGGUCGGCGGAGGAAGGAGUGUUGAAUCUUGGUAUGCAAGACCAGCGAUGCCUCUUCGAGUGGGUCCAAGAAAACAUCCAUCAUUUUGGCGGCGACAACAACAAUGUUACUUUGAUCGGGUUGUCUGCAGGGGCAAUCACCAUUGGACAUUUUCUCUUUUAUUACAGUGACAAAACCCCCCGUCCAUUCCACCGAGUAAUCAUGGAGUCGGGCUCACCGACCACCAGAGAUUGCCGGCCGUAUAAUGAAAACGUCAUUGAGGGCUAUUUUAGAGAGUUCCUAUCACAGGCUGGCUGUCCGCCCGAUCUUUCGGCCUCAGAGACCUUCGCCUUUCUACGUACAUUGCCUUUAUCUACCAUUACAGAUGCUCAAGCGGCCGUUUUCAACAAAUACAAACCUACUAUGCAGUGGCCAUUUCGCCCAGUCAUAGACGGUGAUCUCAUACCUCGACCGCCGAUGGAGAGCUGGCGUCUAGGCCACUUCUACAAGAUUCCUAUCCUGACAGGGUUCUGCACCAACGAAGGGUCGCUUUUUAUGGAUUUGAAGUUGUCAGAAUCCCAACAGUUUACGCAAUUCAUGCGGACCCUCCUUCCUAGUCUCCCUGAUGUGGACUUCGACCGAUUGGAGGAGCUAUACCCUGAUCCAUUACUCGGGGAUCUGACAUAUCAAGAUGACAGAGUCGGGAAAGACAUUGGCCCACAAUAUAUGCGAACAGAAGCAGCCUAUGGCCAGUACUCCCUCAUAGCACCCAUCCGACAGACUGCACACCUUGCCUCGUCGGCUGCACCGGUGUACCUGUACCACUGGGAUGUAUUCACCACCCUCUUCCGAGGCGCCGCUCAUGGCGACAAUCUAAAAUAUGAAACGUUUGAUCAAAUCACAACAUCUCUUUCGGACGGACAGAAAGAGGUGUCGGGCAUAUUUCACGCCUACUUAACAAGCUUUAUCUGUAACAAUGGCGAUCCAAAUCGGAUACGAGGGAGAUAUAAGCAUCGCGCGCUAUGGAGGCCGUAUACUGGCGAACAACCUCUGACUAUGAUGCUAGGUGGUGGGAACAGGGAGCUCAUAGGAGGGCCUGUGGGCACACCAGCCGAGUUGAUACAUGAGACCUGGGCCAUGGAACAAUGCAAAUUCUGGUGGGACAGAACAGAACUUACACAGAAGUAA